AUGAUGCAGAGAAAGAGGGAGGAGCAAUCGAAACGUCGUAAAAGAAAAGACAUCGAUAUUAUUAACGAUAACGACGACAUUAUCGCUCAACUUUUAGCAGACAUGCGAAUUGCAGCUGAGGAAGAUCGAAAAGCUAAUCAAAAUCGUCAACCAGCCACAAGAAAAAUUGGCAUGCUUCCAAAGGUAAUGUCACAGCUUAAAAAGCACGAUUUACAGUUGGCCUUUAUAGAACACAAUGUGCUCACUGUCCUAACUGAUUGGUUAGCUCCCAUGCCUGACAGGUCUAUGCCAUCUUUACAAGUUCGUGACUCGAUCAUUAGACUACUGGCUGAAUUUCCCCCAAUAGAUCAACAAACUUUAAAGCACUCUGGCAUAGGAAAGGCUGUUAUGUAUUUGUACAAGCACCCAAAGGAGACCAAGGAUAACAGGGAAAGAGCUGGGAAAUUAAUAAGCGAAUGGGCAAGACCCAUUUUCAAUUUAUCGGCAGAUUUCAAAGCUAUGACUCGUGAGGAAAGACUGCAAAGGGACAUGGAGCAGUUACCUAAAAGAAGAAGGUUGGAAGAACAGUCUUCUUCUGGUAAAAAGGACAUAUCAAGAGCACUCACUUCUUCUACAGAUCAAAAGGCUUUAAGACCAGGUGAUAAGGGUUGGAUAGGGAGAGCCAGGGUUCCUGUACCUUCAAGUAAAGACUAUGUUGUAAGGCCCAAAUGGCAGUCUGAAGUAGAUAUUAGCAGGACAACUAAGAAGCAAAUGAAUCGUUUCGAAAAGCACUACAAAAAUUUUGUAGAAGGUAAAAGACAGAAAAAGAUGAGAGCUGUUGAAAUUUCGAUAGAAGGUAGAAAAAUGGCCCUAUAA